AUGGUAAGAUUAGCUGUCAAAAACUUUAUUAAUCUAUGGUUUAAAGGAUACCUAAUAAGUAAAAUAGAUUCUAUUGACUUGGGUGUGAACAAAAUAGAAACGGGAGAUGAAGAUUAUAAAAAUAAAUCAUUUUAA